CUUGUGGAGAUAAUUUGUUAUGGUGGGUGUAUUUAAACUUUAUCAGAGUAUUUUUUAAAUUGUCAUUAUACAACAACCAACGAUUAUUUAACAAAAGAGUGAUAUUCGUUAAGUAUAAUUUCCUUCGACCAGAUUAAUACAAUCAUAACAAAAUGUUGAUGAACGUUGCUGACGUACUCUCGUUCACUGGUUUACUGCCCAUCGUUAUGCUUCGUCCUUGUUAUGCGCAUUUUUGAUAAAAAAAUUGUAUCAGGAGAGGUUCUGGAAUUACAGUUUUAUAUGUGAUAAACUUGGGAAUACUUUUUUUCAUCCAGGUAUUUGACCUAAACAAAAUGUGUAUAUUUCCUCUUGAAGGCCUUGUUGUUAAGUGGCUUUACAAUAUCUACCAAGGACCAUGGAAAUGAUUAAUGGUAGUGUGUAAUAAUUUUAAUGUUAUGAAGUGCUUUUCCUGAAUGUAUCAUUUCUUUCACACUAGUAAACCUUCCUGGAUUACUUUGGGCUUCAAAGAAGAGCUAUGAAAAUGUUCUUUUCUUCCCUGGAAAUAAGAUAAUAAUCAUAGUGGGGAGUCAAUUGCUGAAGAAGAAGUUUGACGUGUAAUUGGUUCCUUUUUGAAUGCAUAAGAAGUUACAGAAUUAGAGGAUACACCUUGGAAUGCAUUUUCCCCUUACCAAUGCCAAGUAAUGUUUCGUCCAGCAGUUCAGCCUACACACAGAUGGUGCAUUUCUUUUGAAGACUUUAUUACCGAGAGAUGGACUGUAAAUGAGAAGGAGAGAGAACAAUGGAGUUGAUUUUGAUGUUGUGCAGCAACCAGUAUCUACAAUGGUAUUGUCGCUUUUUCUGGACUUGGUAUUCUAUUAUCAUCUUCAUCUUGUGCAUGAACAACUGGAAAUUUAUUUCAAAAUCACUAAACUUGUGGCCAUUCUUCCUGGGUUUGGUUUACUCUUCACAUUUGUAAAGUGUCGAAACGUUGCCCGCUACUGUUAUUUAAGGUUUCUAUUUCUUCGAAGUUGGCUUUUGGUGUUUUACUUAUUUUGUAAUUUUAAAAACAUGGUUGAAAAUGGACCUUUAGUAUUGUUAGCAUAUUGUUACUAUUUACCAUUGUUGUUUUUUAAAUAAAUAACACAACCUUUACUUUAGUAUAUAGCUAUUUUUGGUGGUGGUAUUAAAAUUUUACCCUUGUUACGACUUAAUUUUAGCAGUACGUUAAAAAAGUUAGCCUUCACUACCUCUACACUUGUUACAAUUACGAAGUAAUUAAGACAAAAUUACAAUAAAACUACGGUGAAAGUAAUCGUUCAAUAGUAAAAAUUGCAAAAUGUAUGGGAAUUGAAUUGUUUUAGUACAUGGGGAUGUGUGAAUGUGAAUGUUAUUUGCAAAUAGCCUGUAUUUCGUCUUUUUCUCCUAUUAGCCAUACUGUAAAGUAGUUUUUCUUGAACGUCAUGUCAGAUGUCCCAUACUGUUUAGAAACAAUUAUAAAGAGUCUGGAAGAGUGGUUUUACACUAUCAAGUUACAGCUGGUUAGGUAACAGGUACAUGUAACUUAGCAUGUGUGUUUCCGCAUCCCUAGUCGUUGGUGCCAUAGUUUGGCCCGAGGAAUUGGGAAGUGUUACUUAAAACACAUGGCCCUAUGCCGUAAAGAAAAACAAACGUAAUCGUCCUAUUGGUUAUUAGAAGUUAUAUGUAAGAAGGGGAUGGGGAAAGUAUUUAAGCUGAUUAUGCGUUUUUACGCAUCAGUUUCUUGUUUGUUGUUUGCUAUAUUUUCAAAAUUUUUGCCUGCCGUUCAUUACAAUAAUGGAUCAUUUUGAUACCAUUCGUUCAUUUCCAACCGUUCAGUCGUGCGGUUUCAAUACAUGCAGCAAAUGUGAAUUAACAGAUGCGGAAUUCACGCGGCUCAUUGACGACAAAAACGCAUUACUUCAAUUUUUAAUAAAACACGGGGUUGUGUCGUGUCAUACUGUCUGCCCCAAGUGCGACAAAAGAUUGAAGUUAAAAGAAGUUGGGAACCAGUGGCGAUACGACUGCCGACGCCUGUCAUACAAAGGGAACCGCCGCCGACAAUGCUCAUUUCGCGAUACCGCGUUAAGAGGGACAUUUUUUAAUCAUUCGCGAAUACCCAUUGUUCAGGCGUGCACGUUGGUGACCAUUUAUCUUUCCCGAAAUGCACCCCGAGUCUAUUAUGCCCAUCGAGAGACUGGUCUUUCAACGAGAACUGUGGUGGACUGGUUCUCGUUCAUAAGGGAAGUUCUUAUCGACUGGGUUUAUCGUCGAUCGGCAAAAUUAGGUGGACCGGGGAAGAUAGUGGAGAUUGACGAGGCAAAGUUGGGGAAGCGAAAAUACAACCGGGGUCGUCUUCUUCGCGGACAAUGGGUACUCGGCGGAAUUGAACGGGGUGAACGCGGUUCUAAUCCAGGAAAAAUGUUUCUCAUCCCAGUGCCGGACCGAAGUGCGGAAACGUUAGUUAACGUUAUAGUGAAUAAUGUGUUGCCUGGUUCAACAAUUAUAACAGACGGUUGGCGUAGUUAUAAUUUGUUGAGCCAACAUGACUACCGCCAUCUCACUGUGAAUCAUGAACUAAACUUCGUUGACGCACGUACUGGUGCACACACCCAGAACAUUGAACGUUCGUGGGUGGAAGUGCGUAGGCAUGUGCCCAGGGCCGGACUGGUUAAGAACCAUUUAGCGUCCUAUCUUGCUGACAGCAUUUUUCGGAGGGUGGUUCCCGAUCAUCGCUUGCGACGGCAUUGUUUUUGGCAGGCGGUUGCGCAGCUGUACCCUCCUGUCGAACACCCCUUACGUUAAGUAAGUUGCAUGUUACAUUUUACUACUUACAUUGCAUAAUUUUGGUCAUUUUCUACCCCCCCCCCUUCCACCCCCUUCUUCCACAUCAUUGACUUUUACGCUAAUUAUCACUACUACUAACAUGUUUCACCCAAUUUCACUCAUUUCUCCAACAAUACCGCCAAAAUUUACAUGUAUACUACAUUACCCCCCUUCCCCCCUUUCCUCCCCUCCUCACAUUCACCCUUUACAACACCAUCAACAACGUCUACACUACAAUGAUUUCCAUCGUUUCUCAAAAAAACCUGCAAAUAUUCCCAUUCUUACUACUGUUCCCCCUUCACCCCCCCCCUUACAUUUUCCACUUGCUUCGCUUUUCCGCAACACCAAACAACAUUUCCCGUGUCUUACACACCUUUUAACGUAAUUUCUGUAAAAACCACGCAAAAACAGCAAUGUCAACUAAUGUAAAAAAUUACCAAUAUUAAUAAUUCAGUGAUUUCACUUCUUGAUGUAUGUUUUGUUGUAUUUCAUGUCUUAUUUAUAUGAGAGUGUAAUUAAUUAGUUCUUUCUUUUAGAUGUUUAAUGCCUUCUGCAAUUAUUUGUUUAAUUAAUAUGUUUUUUUGCCCAU